GGUCGCAGGGAAGAUGGCGGCGACGUUGGAACGGGUUCGGAUCUCCGCCUCCGAAUUACGGACUCUGUUGGCAGCUGGCGACAGCGCAGUAAACCGGGAGAACAUGAAGGAAACUAAAGAACCUAGACAGAGAAGAGAGAAUAGACACCCAGACAUUGAAAUCUAUAAACCUGGACUGUCCAGACUGAGAAAUAAGCCUAAAGUUGACAUAUCUCCAUCUGGAGGUAACCACUCUGAAAACCACCAUAUUGAGAAAGACCAGGAUAAAGGGUCUUCUGCUGUUAAUGGAGUGACACCAGCCUCCGUCUUGACUGAUCACAUCCAAGAUGAAGAGGAUGAUUUGGAGCAGAACAGUCAAGAACGAAAGAUCACCAGAAGAGCCAAAAAACCAGACAGGCAAAUUUACCAGCCAGGAAGACGCAACCAAACUCCUACAAAAGAAUCUGUGUGUGAAACAACAAAGGAAGAUUAUGUGAGAAAAAUAGAACAGCUGAACAUAGUAGAUGAGGAAGAGGUUGAAAAGAUAGAUCCACCGAUUGAAAAUCAUGAGACCUAUUGUAAUGAUGGCAGUAAAGCCAAUAAGACUGAGAAAUCCAAGAAGACUGACAAAGAGAAAAGUAACAAAGUUGUGGAGGAUAUGUCAAGGCCUGGAAAAGACGACCGGAAGUCUAGUUCAACUAAACGUUACUCCCAUUCUGACAAACGCAGGACACGUACGAGAAAUUGCAGCACGAGCUCUGCUGGAAGCAAUAACAGCAGUGAAGAUGCUCUCAUUGUUGACGGAAGCAAGAAGCGUCAAGACAAGGGUAAAACAGUUGUAGAUCGGAAAGAAAAGGUACGCAUGAAAAAGCAAAUGUCUCUUUCAUCAACUGACUCAUUUGAAGAGGAUGGGGGAGAAUGGGUAGAGAUUUCACUGCCAAAUAGAAAUAUGGAAAAGAAACAAACUCCCACCGAUAAAGGUUGGCCAUCCAAGACAGGCAGUGAUAGAAGAUCAGACAACAGAAAUAAUAGAGGAGUGACAACCCAAGGGGACUCUACACACCGCUCUUUCGCAAAUGAAGAAAGGAAUAACAGGAGAGGGGAAAAGAGCAACAGUCGCCAAAAUGCAAACUUUAACAGAGAACAAGUGAGAGAGAAUUCUUCAGAACCAAGGGGGAAAGGAAGGGGCAUUCUUGUUCUUCCUGCCAAUACAGAUCUUUCCUCCAAUUCUGCAGGAAUGCAAGAUUCCAAUCACAGUACUACAAAGCCACUCUUUAGUGCAUCAAGCAGUAAAGGGGUUCGGGGCAGAGGCCGUGGGGAAGCUAGCCGGCGGCUCUGGGAUCCAAACAACCCAGAACAAAAACCUGCUUUGAAGAAUCAGACCCCUCAGCUUCAUUUUCUGGACACUGAUGAUGAAUCCGCACCCUCCUCACAGGGUGAUGCUUACCAUGGUGUUCCUCAGCCAUCGUAUUACAAAUUCCAGAACUCUGAUAAUCCAUAUUACUACAGUCGCCAACCCUAUCAUUAUGGUUUCUCGAUGCCAUAUUCCAUGAGUCCCACCAAUGGCAUGUAUCCAGGUGCUUACUAUCCUGGAUAUCCUGCUCAGCCUGCACAAUAUAACUCUGGCACCUAUUCCAGCAGCCCCCUUACACCUGAAGAAAUGGAGCAACAGGUCAGAACUUUACAGCAGCAAGAAUUGAGCCGCCUUUUGAGACUGGCAGAUAAUCAAGAACUGCAGCUCAGUAACCUUCUUUCCAGAGAUGGUUUCAGCAUAGAGGGUCUAAACAAAAUGGCAUUACUUAGAUCAGAGCUCCUUCAACUCUAUGAGCGCUGCCUUCUGACAGACAUUGAAUUCUGUGACCAACAUAAUGUGGAUCAGGUCCUUUGGAAGAGUGUUUUCUAUCAAGUUAUUGAAAAAUUCCGACAGCACCUGAAGGAGCCUUCUGCUGACAGCGAAGUGAUGCGCAGAAAACUAAUCCAAGUUUUAGAUGAAGGGACAGCGUUCUUUGACAGUUUGCUUCAAAAGCUCCAGGCGACUUACCAGUUUAAUUUGGCAGAUUAUAUGGAUGGAAUGGCGAUCCGCAGUAAACCUCUCCGUAAAGUGGUUAAGUUUGCUCUGAUCAGUGCACAGCGCUGUAUGAUUUGUCAGGGAGACAUUGCCCGCUACAGGGAGCAGGCUGCAGACACCACCAAUUAUGGCAAAGCCCGCAGCUGGUAUUUGAAAGCUCAGCACAUUGCACCAAAGAAUGGCCGACCAUACAAUCAGCUAGCCCUCCUGGCUAUAUACACGAGACGGAAGUUGGAUGCUGUUUAUUACUACAUGCGUAGUCUGGCUGCAAGCAACCCUAUUCUAACUGCAAAGGAGAGCCUCAUGAGCCUCUUUGAAGAAACCAAGCGCAAGGCCGAACAGAUAGAACAGAAGCAGCACAAGAAUUCUGGGCUUAACUCUCACAGCAUGAACGCACGCACAACCUUUCGAAACACUGCGGAUGAUACCAUGCGCAUUGAAAUAUGGAUCCACAGGACUCUGGCAGGCUCCAUCCGUCGGAGCACUGAUGGAUAUGAUGAUUUGGACAGUCUCAGCCCAAGUGAUCUGAACAAACGCUUCCUGCUCAGCUUCCUGCAUGCCCAGGGGAAGCUCUUCACCAGGAUUGGGAUGGAAACUUUCCACUUGGUGGCAGAGAAAGUUCUUAGAGAGUUCCAGGCUCUUCUACAGCAUAGUCCAUCCCCAAUUGGCAGCACACGGAUGCUGCAACUCAUGGCUAUCAAUAUGUUUGCUGUCAGCCAUUCCAGAUGCAAAGACAGACAGUCUGAAGGAUCCCGUUCCACAACACAGGACCAGGAGGCCACCUCUUUGGGUCUCUCCAUGUUCUCUCUGCUGGUGGCCAGAUGCAUCCAGUUGCUUAAAACUCAAAGAAAAGAGCAAACCUGUCUCGGAGUUAAAGGAUCUACUAUAGAGGAUGAAGAGGACUUAAAGGUUUCAAUGUUUCCACCUGAUCUGAAGGAGUUAUUGCCUAGUGUGAAAGCUUGGUCUGAUUGGAUGCUUGGUCAUCCAGACACAUGGAACCCACCACCCAGUGCUUUAACUUCCUGCAAAGAGCCAGGAUUGGAUGUCUGGGGGGUACUGGCAGAAUUCUGUAACACUUUGACCUCUGUGAAUCAUUCAGAGGUCCCUCUUUAUAAGGAUCCAGAUGAUGACCUCUCACUUCUUAUUCUGGAUGAGGAUCGUCUCCUCUCUGGCUUUGUGCCCCUUCUCGCUGCCCCCCAGGAGCCAUGCUUCGUUGAGAAAACUUCAGACAAGAUUAUUGCAGCGGAUUGUAAGCGGGUCACAGUCUUGAAAUAUUUUCUGGAAGCAUUGUGUGGACAAGAAGAGCCUCUGCUGGCAUUCAAGGGUGGAAAAUAUGUGUCAGUGGCACCCAUCCCAGACACCAUAGGAAAGGAGACGGGAAGACCUGAGGGAGACCAAGUGGAUGAUCAGGAUGACGUAGUGAUUGAAGAGUGCUCAGAAAAUUCCGAGCCAGAAAGCAGUGGGGCUGAGCAUGACAUCCGAGAGCUCCGCGCCAAGAAACAAGCACUAUCAAGGAAGGUGGAGGAGCAGAAACGGCGUGAGCAGAAAAUUCAGGCUGUCCUAGAUGGUAAGACAAGACCCCUGGAGCUGGAAAUAUGCCCAUUAUUUCUUGUGCCGGACACUAAUGGGUUUAUCAACCACCUUCCUGGACUGGAGAUGCUGUUGUCCUGCCAGAUAUAUAUUCUUGUUAUUCCACUCAUAGUUAUCCAUGAGUUGGACGGCCUUGCAAAGGGACAGGAAUUUGAUCAACGCAAUUCCGGGCAUGCACGAACACUUCAAGAGAAGGCAAAGAUAGCAAUUCAGUUUCUAGAACACAGUUUUGAGGCCCGAGAUCCCUUUCUGAGAGCGCUAACAAGCCGUGGAAAUGAGUUGGAGUCCAUUGCCUUUCGCAGUGAGGACAUAUCUGGGCAGAAGGGGAAUAAUGAUGACCUAAUUCUUUCUUGCUGUCUGCAUUACUGCAAGGAUAAUGCAAAGGAAUUCAUGCCUUCAAACAAAGAUGAUCCUAUUCGACUGCGCAGAGAAGUCGUUCUUCUGACUGAUGACCGUAACCUCAGAGUUAAGGCUCUGACUCGCCAUGUUCCUGUGCGUGACAUCCCAGCAUUCCUCAGUUGGGCCAAAGUGGGGUGAAAUCAUCGAUUACUUGCAAGGGUGAAAAAUAAUAAGAAUAACCGGUGUGACCUGACAGGGCAAGAGGUCGUUACAGGCAGCCCUGGUACAACAACCAUGUCCCCCAUGUGAAACAACAAAUACACACAGCCCAGACUCCAACCUGUCAACUGCAAUAAAACUUACAAAAAAAACCUCUGUGCUCCCUCCAUCAUGAGCCUGCUGUGACUUACAUCUUGGCACAGAGGUAUGGGGGAGUGACUAAAGAAGUGGUUUGUCCAGUGUGAGUUGGGUCUGACUUGUCAGAGUGUGCAGAAUUAGCGAGGUGACUUUAUAGCGCAGGUGAAUGCUGGUGAUUUUACCUGUCCAUGUGUUUAAUUCCUGCUUAAGACGACACUCCCAUCAUUUAGCAGCAGCACCUAAUUUUCUGAUAUCCAUCAGGCCUCACAACCCCAAUUUUAUUUUAAGGGGGGGAAGAGCGUGUUCAUUUCACCUUUACUGAACACUUUUAUUUUGUAGCCACUUUUUUGUCACUUUGCUAUUUUAAUUUCCAAUUUUUAGUUUCCCAAACUUUUUUUAAUUUAUUUAGUCAGAUUAUAGUUUUAGCUAUAAGGAGAAUUCCCCCAGAUUUUUACAAGGUGCCCAUGUAAUAAAAGGGAUUUACUUCUACUGUGUGUUACAGAGGGAGAUGUCCAACCAUCUUUUGCACUGCUUUAUAUGUCGUCUUCCCCCUCCCCCGAAUCAUUUGUUGGGUUUUCAUUUAUUUUUAUAUUUUUUUAGCCUAUGGAGGAGAUAAUGUACCUCUGGCUCUUCUUUUCUGAGCUAGAAUGUAUACUUUGAGUUUUCCCCAUCUUUGCAGCCAAUUUUGCUUUACCAUUUAGAUACAUAAGGGGGAUGUGUGUCAAAGCUGAUACGUAAACUCAUAGACAUGGAGCUCGACCUUGCUCUAAGCAUCUUCUGUCGAUGAUCUUCCGUUCUUUGACCGAGCUGAAGCACUGCACACAUUAGGUUACGCAGAUGUUCUCGGCAGGUUUUCCUGGCAAGGAAUAUGCUCAGCAGUUUCUGUCAUUCCUGGCCAAGACUUGACAUCUGAAAAUCCUAAAAGUUUUCUGUAGGUCCUGAUGUCAUCCUUUUCCCUAAUACUUUAUAAGAUAAGUCUGUAGGGAGAAGACAAAAAGUAACCACAUGGACCUGGCUACAUGUACUUUGGCCAGAAGAGUUGCUCCAUUUUUCAACCCCUUUCUUACUGCUGUAGGCGGCCAGGAAUAGACUCAUCUGCAGGAUAUUGCAGGCCUCUUUUAGCAGUAAGACAAACAGAAACAUUGCUGUUUUUCUUGAUGGAAAUGUAUGUAGUCAACAUCGACUGUAAUGAUCACCACAUUAGGAGUCUAGUAGUUAUAAGGGAGGAUGGACAGCACAGCUGAUAAUGUCCACUAAGUCAGCUUAAUGAAUUUAGAAAUCAUAUAGGGUCAGAUUUGAGACUCAAAAUAUUUAGAUUUUUUUUUUCUUUCUUUUGGCUAUAGUAUGUUUGUUUGUUUUUUUUGGUGUGUUUUUCUUUUUUCUUUUUCUUUUUUUUUUUUGUAAAUAGUGAAAACAUUUUAAGAGUUAAAAAAUGAUGGUGUGUAGCCAAGUGGGUGAAUAGUGUCAUGGCAGAGUGAUAUAGGCAGAGAGCUAAUAAUGGUUGCCAAUGUGAGGGAUGUGAUCCUAAUGUAAGGAAUAAGUAAUCCACUCCACAUGUGUUUAAAGAGGAUCAUAGAAAUGUCAUUAGGCUUGUUCAUCCAAUGGAGUGUUUAAACAGGAUGAGGAUCAUCCAAUGUAAGAAAAUAUAUCCUGCUUUGCAGUGUAUUUCAAUGUAUUGCUGUAAUACUUUGUUCUGUAAGAAUGUACCAAUGUGUCCCUUGUAUGUGACUAGCUGUUUGCUUCUUUUACUGCUUAUUGAACCUGAGUAUGCUGAUUCCCAGAAUCCUCUUGUCACGUUUAGCUCUCACUGUAAUAGUACACUCCAUUAUUGUCUGGAAUUAAUAAUCAUGCACACGGCUGGUAGAUCUGUGUUAUAUCUGUUGUACCUACGCAAUAUGUAAAAGUGGAAUGCAUUCUGUGCGUUGAAUGGUUGCAUUUACUUUAAGUUUUUUUUUUUUUUUUUUUGUUUUUUUUUUUACUGAUUUUCUCUUAUAGGAAUAUUCACUGCCUGCUAAUUUUUAGCUGUUGUGCUGGUUGUGGUUAGAUUAUCUUAAUAAACAUUUCUUUUUUUUAA